GCAGCCUUUACUUUGCACACCACCUGCCCUUCAACCACCAUGGGGAAGGGAUGGAUCUGGGGAGUACCCAGCCUCUCUCUGCUGUUCGUGGUGACUCUCCUUUCCAGGACUUCCUUGGCUACUCACAUUGAACCGCAGUACUUGGUUCUGGUGCCCUCUGUGAUCCACACAGAGACCUCUGAGAAUGUUUGUGUCCAGAUGAACCAUUUGAACGAGACAGUGACCUUGAGCAUCACCAUGGAAUAUGAGGGCCGGAACACAAGCUUGAUUGACGAUGUGGUGGCUGAGAAGGACAUCUUCCAAUGUAUUUCCUUCCAGCUUCCCAGGUUGAACACUUCCUCAAGCAGUUCUUCAAGCUAUUCUUCAAGCUAUCUCAGCCCUACAGACCUUUCCAAGGUUGUUAUCAAGGUGGCAAUGAAGGGACAACAUUUGCACAUGAUGCAACAAGAAAUAGUCACAGUCAGGAACUUGAAUGACCUACUUUUUGUUCAGACAGACAAGCCUAUCUACAAGGCAAGACAGGAAG